GAAGCAUACUGAUUCACCUGAACAACUUUCUAAUAAAACUGCGCAAUUUGCAGUGAGAAAGAUGGCAGACGAAGCUCAAACUAUACACCGAACCGAAUCCGAUCGUGUGCUGUGUGGUGGUUCAGUGGUUGACAAAUUUGUUCGUCCAACAUUAGCCGAAUUUUUAGGGACCACAUUUCUGGUAUUCCUCUUGUGUUUUUGUGCUCCAAUCUCCCAUGAAUAUGGCAAAUUGUACACCUAUAUAUCAUCCGGACAAGUGUAUGGAUUUGCUUAUGUGUUCUUGAUUUAUGCACUCGGUGAUAUCAGCGGCGGGUAUUUUAACCCAGCCAUAACUUUUGCUCUGACUUUGAAUGGGGCGCUGCCAGUGCUUGUUGCAGUAUGCUUUUUCAUUGCUCAGAUUGUGGGAGGUCUCUUAGGAGCAGCCUUGGCCCUUGCUGCUGUUCCAGAGAAUAAAUAUAUACAAUUCAUCGGUGGAGCAACGAUGCUUAUAAAUGAUACUAAACCUGGCUGGGCGGUUCUGGUGGAAAGCAUUCUUACGUUUAUAUUAGCUUCGACAGUUUUACUGACAACGCUGGAUAAAAAGAAGAAAAAACUGUCAGCUCUAGCUAUUGGAUUCUCGGUCAUCGCAUGUACUUUGUCUGGGGCACCAUAUACUGGUGGAUCUAUGAAUCCGGCAAGAAGUUUAGGACCGGCUGUAUCCUACUCUAGAUACCUGUAUUUCAACGUGUGGGAACAUCACUAUGUCUACUGGGUGGGGCCCACCGCGGGGGCAUUAGUAGCAGCUAUUGUUUACAGAUUUCUAUUUGCAAAGAGAAGAACACCAGAGUAUAUGAACUUCACAAAUUCUGAGGGACAGUCCACUCCCAGCAAUAGUAUCCCCAUAUAAUAAAAUUGAAAUACAAAGGGUCAGCCCUGACCGCAAAAGUCAAGUCGAAAUAUGAUAACGUGUAUGGAUCUCCGUAAACCUUUUUUCUGCAUCAUGGUAAUUGCUAGAAAGAAUAAAAUGGUAUAAGAUGAAAGAAAAUUAUGUUUCUUUUCCGUCUUUUUAAUUUUUUUUUUCAACGUCGGAUUUUAAUCAAAAGAAAACAUAAAAUCAUUACGUGUAUAUACUUUUUAGGUCAUAUUUCAAAUAAAAAAAAAGAAAGAAGGUUUUA